GUAGGGGGAAGGACUAGGAGUCAUUUCCAGGCCCAGCGCCGCGUGGGAAACAGAAGGCAGGCCGGGUCUGACCACGGGCAUGUGGUUGCACUCUGCUACAGGAGUCCUGGUGCUGUCAUGGUACCCACCUGGCCUGGCAGAUGAUAAUGGGGAGCCGUCCGAAAGCCUGGUGCCGUUCAUCCUGGAUGCCGCACACCGGUAUGCUAUAAAGGUGGCCUUCCACAUCCAGCUGUACAAGGGGCGGGAUGACCACACUGUGCACGAGAACAUCAAAUACAUCCUGGACAACUACAGCUCACACGGUGCUUUCUACAAGUACAAGAUGAGCACUGGCAGGAGCCUGCCCCUGUUCUACAUCUACGACUCUUACCUGACACCCGCCGAGUCCUGGGCCAACCUGCUCACCCCGACGGGCUCCCACUCUGUCCGCAACACCCCUUACGAUGGCGUGUUCAUAGCACUGCUGGUGGAGGAGGGGCACAAGCACGACAUCCUCUUGGCAGGCUACAAUGGCAUGUACACAUGCUUCGCAUCCAACGGCUUUUCCUUUGGCUCCUCCAACCAGAACUGGAAAGCAAUCAAGGCUUUCUGCAACUCCAACAACCUCAUGUUCAUCCCCAGUGUCGGGCCCGGUUACAUAGACACUAGCAUCCGCCCCUGGAACAACCACAACACGCGGAACCACGUCAACGGGAAAUACUACGAGACAGCCCUGCAGGCCGCCCUCAUGGUGAGGCCGGAGAUAGUCUCCAUCACAUCCUUCAACGAGUGGCAUGAAGGCACCCAGAUUGAGAAAGCCGUGCCCAAGAAGACAGUGACGCGCCUGUACCUGGACUACCUGCCGCACCAGCCCAACAUGUACCUGGAGCUGACCCGUCGGUGGGCAGAACACUUCAGCAAGGAGAAGGAGCAGUGGCUGAUGUGACUGCUCUGCACCAGCAACUUCUGAUCUUUACCUUACUGAAAGGUCAUGCUAAGUCUGCUCUGGAAUUCAGUGCUCCAGGGGAAGCUUGAGAAAGCAGCUAGAGCCUCUGAGUCUGCGUACAGCUGUUAGCUUGGCCAGGUGGCUCUAAGUGUUCUCCAUGAACUGCCCCUACACUUGACGUCACAGGAAGGUUAGAACGAGCA